CAGUAAUUGUCCCACUCCCACCCUCAUACAUCUCUACUGUUUUUAUUUGCAUCUCCAGAUGAAACAGCAACAGCGUGCCUCGAAAACAAAGUAGAAUUUCUUUUCAGUUUAAACUUACUACAGUUCCCUUCAUGGUGGCUGCCAUCUUGGCUUCCUCGACUGCACAAAGACAGUGGGACUCAACAUGAUGCUGCAGCUAUACCGCCAUCUAGCGGGACCCGAAACUCUACAGCGUGACAGAAGUUGAAUGCGUCUGUAAGUCUCGACCGGCAAAACUAUGGGAAACGAGAAUUCCAAGAACAAGAAUGAGACAAGUCCUGAGAAGCAUGAAAAUGGAUCAGUGAAUGGCCUCUCUGCUAACAUCACAUCAAAUGGAUUGGAGAUUGAUGUUAACAGUGAGACCACAGUCAAGCAAAAUGGCGGGCCCAUCUCCUUAAACCUUGCCAAAGAAACGACUGAGCCUGAUUCUGAGAUUGUUGAAUCAGACUGUAAACCGACGGACGCUCCAGUCAUUUCUGACAUCCCUGUAACCACCGUCCAGGAGGUGGUGGAAGAGGUCAUGAAAAGUAAAGAAGUAAAAGUCCAUCUUUUUGGCAAGAUGUUCAAAAAGAAAGCAGAACGUCCAGCUGAUGUCAAGAGUGUUCAAGAAAAAACGACCUCAAAUGAAGAUCAAACAGAUGUAAGUCUUCCUGCCACUGAUCCACAGCCGGAGCCAGCUAUCCUAGAGCAAGAACCUGAACCAUUAAGGGAGCCAGAACGUGUGACUAUUGACCCGGGUCCAGAGGGAAAAAAAGCUCCUGAAACUGACGAGAGAAACAGCCAACCUUUGGAAAACCAAGAGGACAGUAACCCAGAAAAGAAUCUAGUUAUGAACUUCUUCAAAACACUAGUGACUCCCACUAAAACAACCAAAAAGGAAACAGCUACUCCUGAUGCCACAAAAGAUCAGUCCCAGAAGGAGACCCAACCAGCGGCAACCACCACUGUUGCACAAGUAUCUGAGCCCCCUGUAGCACCCAAAGGAAUGUCUAUCCCACCACCACCUCCUCCAGAGCCACCAAAAAUGGAAAUCAAAGGAGAACCUGCAGCCAAACCUGUAAAACCCAUAUCAAAAGAAGAUACAAAAGCUGCUGCAAAGGAACCCGAGUCCUCAAAAGGAAAAUCAGCCAAAGAUACUCUGAGCAAAUUCUUCCGACCAAAGACAAUCAAGGAGGCACCACAGCCAGCACUAGAAGUAAAGAGAGAAAAUAUUGUUGAACCUCAUGAGACAGCAGAGGAGGUUGCACAGCCAGUUGUAAAAGAGCAGAUGGUGGAAAAGGCACCACCGCCAGUGGUAGAAGCUGAGAAGGUGGAUCCCUCUAAAGCCAGCACUCUGGAAGCUGCUGCAAAGCCAGAACCGCCACCGCCUGUUCAGGAAGAAAAGAAAACAGCCUCAAAAUCACCUUUCCUUUCUUUCUUCAAGCCUAAACCUGCUGAUCCAAAGAAGGCGACCCCUGCCCCAGCGGCAGAGGCAGCUCCGACAGUUAAAGCCAAGGAGGAACCCAAACCGGCAGCCAAGUCAUCAGAGGCGGUUGUAGAUAGCAAACCAGCUUCAGUGGCCACCCAAGCUGCGGAUGAAGCAGCCAAUGUGCCCAGGAAAUUGGAAAAGAGGAACUCCAUCCACCUGUUCUUUAAAAAUCUGAGUCAGAAACGUAACUCUACAGAUGCUGGGGUCCAGACAGAGCCAGUAACUGUCGCUCCAGCUGAGAAGACCAAGUGAAACCAAAACCAACAGUGACGUUUCCCUGUACAGACUCCCUCCCUCUUUCCUGUCCUUACUCAAUCUUUAUCUCUCUCUCUCUCAUCUCCCUUUCAACCCCUAUUCAAAUACUUUAACUACAUUUUUUUGUUUUUGUUACUGUUUAGAAGAUACAAUAUGAAAAGAAAAGUGACUGGGAGGAUAAAUGCAAGUGAACAAUUGUGAGAAAGAUGAACAGUGGGCAGGUAGUCGAACUGGUGGUGAUUUGAAUUGGUAAAAUGGUUGAUGAGAUAUAUAUAUAUUUUUAGUAAUAUAGAUAUCUUGACAAGUAUAGCAAUGUGAGUGUGAAACCUUUUCUACAGGUAUUUAAUGUGACUUCUCUUUGUUCUUGCAACUUGACAUACUGGGCUUAUGCAAUAGACUGUACCAUGCUUUGCUUUCAGCAAUUAACAUGUCAAAAACAUUUAAAAACACAUAGUCAUAUACAACCUAUUUUUACAGUUACCAUACCAGAAAAAUCAUGCAGUUGUGGCAAUGCAGAGAUAAAAUGAAAUUAUACUGAAAAAAGUACUUAAAUGAUACAUUAAAAUUGAGAACUGAUUAAGCUGAUAAGAGGAGCUUGUUUAUAUAACAAAAUGCACUUAAAGAUUUUUCUAACUUUAUGUAAGCUAUAUGUAGAGUAAAGCACAUACAUAAAUAUCCUAACAGUCAUGUAUUGGGAUAUAUGGGAAAAUCACAAUCUUUACUGUUUACUGUGGGGAACUGAUUGUAAGUGUUCACAUUAACAAAUGCAUCUGAGGUAGCAAAAUGGUGUCAUUGUGCAAAUGUGUCCUUGUGGUACGUUUUGCAGCAGUCAUAAAUCACAGUCGAUUAGCUUUUAAUUUGAUUGCAGCAUUUUUUGUCAAGUAAUUAAAUGAAAGUCUUGUGGUGUUAGUCAUUUGUUUUUGGCAUGUGCAAUUAAUAUCAUUCUUUUGUUUUCCUAUAUGUAUGUAUGCGUGCAUGUGUAACUUCAGCCAAUUUGAAGACAAUAAAUAUGUUCACCAUUCA